AUGGAAUCGAAGGAGUUGCCCCUCAACACCACCGUCGCCGCGUACGCCAACUCCGAGGAAGAGCGCGGCAGCGUGGUGAAUGCAGAUGUACCGACCCUAGACCGCAAGGUCAUUCGCAGACUGAGGUUGAAGGUGGAUCUCAUCAUCCUGCCGACCCUGGCAAUCACCUAUACUUUCAACUCCCUGGACAGAUCGAACCUCGGAAAUGCGAAGACUGCCGGCCUAGUCGCAGACACGAACCUCAAAGGCGACCAGUACAAUCUUCUUCUCACCUUAUACUACAUCGCCUUCGUACUCUUCGGGCCGGUCAUGACCGCCUUCACCAAGAUCUGUACCGCAAAAGUCGCAAUCCCCGCGAUGAUGCUGGCAUUCGGGAUAGCAUCGGCCACGACCUCCGUCGCAAAGAAUUUUGGUGGCCUGGCUGCCUGCCGCAUUGUGGUGGGCGCUUUCGAAUCGGGCUUUCUCGCAUCAGUGGUCUUCUAUCUGAGUAAAUGGUACACGCGUGGUGAAAUCGCGUCACGUAUUGCCAUUUUCUACUCCGGAAGUGUCGUUGCUUCGGCGUUCGGAGGUCUCCUCGCGUACGGAAUGUUCCAGCUCAAGCCCAGUGGCGGGCUCUUCGUAUGGUCUUAUCUGUUUAUCCUGGAAGGAUGCCUGACAUGUAUUGUGGCGAUCAUCGUCUAUUUUAUCCUCCCACAGGACAUUGAAGGAGCCUACUUCCUCAGCGCAGAAGAGAAGGAGGUGGCUGCCGCCCGCAUUCAGAUCGAGUCGAUGGAGAAUCGAAAUGACAAGUGGGUGUGGUCUGAAGCUCUCAGUGAAUUCAGGACUGUUCACGCCUGGGCGCGCAUUGUCAUUGGCAUGGCCGUAGGCAUCCUGCCGCACACAAGCGCAAAUUUCCUGGCAAUCAUGACGCAACGGCUUGGUUAUUCAGUGACCAAAACAAACCUCUACACUGUUGCGCCUGCUGUGACCGCUGCUGUCGUCCUCAUCAUUCUGUCCUAUUCAUCGGACUACUUUCGUGAACGUGGAUUCCACAUGACGAUACCUCUCGGGUUCAGUAUCAUUGGAUACUCAGUACUUUUGGGCAUCGAUAUCGAAACACAAAGGAAUGCUGCUUAUGGCGCGAUAUUCUUCUGCACAAUGGGGGCAUAUCCGAUGAGCGUCAUCUUUUCGGCGUGGACUGUGACAAAUAUCCCGAACCUCAACGCUCGUGCAUUUACAAUGGGUUGCAUGAUGACAAUGCUCAACUCCAUGGGUCUGGUCGCCAGCAAUAUCUUCUAUGCCCGUGAGGCACCCCGUUAUCGAACUGCGCUCAUCGUCAACAUGGCGUUUCCUGUCGUGGCCAUUGUUCUCAAUGUGCUGUACUCCUUGUAUUUGAGACAUCUCAAUCGAAAGAUGGACAGGGAGCAAGAACCCCAAGAGCACGGACAAGCACCGUUCAGGUAUCAGACCUAG